AUGGCGACGACAACCGCGGAUCCGACGCCGUUAAUCGGAACUUCAUCUGACGAGUCAAACUCCGGGCGGCGAAUUCUCCGUGCGCCGAGUCUCCGUCAAGCGGCGCGGUUUUUACGACAAGCGAGUGGGCGGAGGUUGAUGCGCGAGCCGUCAAUGAUGGUGAGGGAAACCGCAGCGGAGCAAUUGGAAGAGAGACAAAGCGAUUGGGCUUAUUCGAAGCCGGUGGUGAUCCUUGAUAUUCUCUGGAACUUGUCGUUCAUUAUUGUGGCUGCUACUGUGAUGAUUUUGAGCCGGAGUGAAUCUCCAAGUACGCCUCUUAGGUUGUGGAUUUUAGGGUAUGCGCUACAGUGUGUUGUUCAUACUGUGUGUGUUUGUUUUGAGUAUCGGAGAAGGAUAAGGAUGCGGGAACAGGUGAAUACGAACGGUGGUAACGCGGUUGGGAGUGGUGGAAGUGGGGAUUUGAGCUUUGGUUCAAUGGAUGGUUCUGGUCAGUAUGGGGAUGAUGGUUCCACCAGUUUGCCGAAGCAUUUGGAAUCAGCCAACACAAUGUUUUCUUUUAUUUGGUGGGUCAUUGGAUUCUAUUGGGUCUCAGCGGAUGGUCAAGAUUUGAUCAAUGAUUCUCCCAUGCUUUACUGGUUAUGUAUUGUCUUCUUGGGGUUUGAUGUUUUUUUUGUCGUUUUCUGUAUUGCGCUGGCAUGCAUCAUUGGUCUUGCUGUAUGCUGCUGUCUUCCGUGUAUUAUUGCGCUUCUGUAUGCCGUUGCAGACCAGGAAGGGGCAACAAAAGAAGACAUUGAGCAGUUGGCAAAAUUCAAAUUCCAAAGAAAAAGUAAGGAGAAGCUUGCUGAUAAUACACAAGGACCUGUUGGAGGAAUAAUGACUGAAUGUAAAGCUGAUUCCCCAAUUGAACACGUGCUUGCUGAUGAAGAUGCGGAAUGUUGCAUAUGCCUUUCAGCCUAUGAAGAUGGUGUUGAACUAAGACAACUUCCUUGUGGUCACCAUUUUCACUGUGGCUGUGUGGACAAAUGGCUGCACAUUAAUGCGACUUGCCCCCUCUGCAAGUAUGACAUUUUGAAAAGUAGCAACUAUGGUCAAGAGGAAGUAUAG